ACCGAGACAAGAUAUUGUUGUCACGGGAUUCGGACGUCGCCGAUCUCGGCUUGCAUCCGGCUAUCACCUCUCCAGCUCUCCAGGUAUGUGUGGGCAUCGUCUUGGCUCGCCACUUGGUCCAGCUAUAAGCGAUCGCGACGCACACUGUUCAAGCACCAAACCAUGACGCGCGACGUAGACAGCACCAACGGAAUCAACGGCUCCAACGGCUCCAACGGGAGCACGAGAGGCGGCGGCGGAGGCGCCAGCGCGCACGGCGCGACGCGGUGGGACGGGGACGGCUCCCAGCCCUACUCGUUCCCGGACAUUACGAUGGGCACGCGCCGGCGCGUGCGCGUCAUCUCGAUCGGCGGCGGGGCGAGCGCGAUCAACCUCGCCUUCCAGUUCAAAACGCACAUGACAGAUCUCGAGCACGUCGCAUACGACCGCAACCCCACGUUGGGGGGGACGUGGUUGGAGAACCGAUACCCAGGGUGCGCUUGCGAUGUGCCCUCGCACUCGUACCAGUACAGCUGGGCGCCGUGGAGCGGGUGGAAGUCGUUCUACUCAUCCUCAGAGCAGAUCUACGAGUACAUGAACAUGGUCGUGGACAAGUUUGGACUGCGCGGCGACUUCCGCACCAGCCACGAGGUGAUGAGCGCACAUUGGGACGACGAGGCCGCGCAGUGGGUCGUGCGUGUACGCGGGCCCGACGGCGAGUUUGAGGACCGCGCAGACUUCCUGUUCAAUGGGAGCGGCGUACUCAACAAGUGGAAGUGGCCGGCGAUCGAGGGCCUGCACUCGUUCAAGGGACACUUGGUGCACUCGGCGGCGUGGGACCAGUCCUACGACUUCAAGGACAAGAAAAUGGCGAUCAUCGGCGCGGGCUCGACGGCGGUGCAGAUUGUCCCGGUGCUGCAAAAGCUCGUGUCGCACAUGAAGUGCUUCAUCCGCUCUCCGGUGUGGAUCACGCCGGCUUUCGCGGCGCAGUACGCCGGGCCGGGCGGCACAAACUUCGACUACACGCCCGAGCAGAAGGCCGAGUUUGACGCCGACCCCCAAAAGUGGCUCGAGUACCGCAAGGGCAUCGAGAGCAGCAUCAAUUGCCGCUAUCUCUUCGUGACCAAGGGCACGCCGCAGGCCGCCGAGGCCAAGGCGGUCAGCAAGGCGCAGAUGGAGGCCAAGCUGGCCUCCAAGCCCGAGAUCGCCAAGCUCCUCAUUCCCGACUUUAUGGUCGGCUGCCGCCGCCCCACGCCCGGCAAUGGCUACUUGGAGGCGCUUGUGGCGGACAACGUCGAGGUGGUGAGCAACCCCAUCGUGCGGGUGGAGGAGCGCGGGCUCGUCACGGCCGACGGCACGCUGCACGAGGUAGACACGAUCGUGUGCGCGACGGGCUUUGACGUGAGCCUCAAGCCCCGCUUCCCCUUCACGGGGCGGAACGGCGCCGACCUCGCCAAGCGGUGGGCGACCGAGCCCACCGAGGCGUACAUGGGCGUCAUGGUCGACGAGCACCCAAACUACUUCAUCUCGCUGGGCCCGUCGUCGCCCGUCGCGCACGGCUCCAUCCUCCCCUGCAUGGAGAAGAUGAGCCACUACAUCAUGAAGGUGAUCCGCAAGAUGCAGGUGGAGCCGAUCCGCGCGAUCGCGCCCUCCAAGGCCGCGGUGCGCGAGUUCAACGAGCACCGCAAUAGCCAGCUCGCGACGACCGCGUGGAGCGACCGCUGCAGCUCGUGGUUCAAGAACGGCACGGUCGACGGCCCCGUCGUCGCCGUACACCCCGGAAGCAGGCUGCACUACUUUGAGAUGAUUGCCGAGCCGCGGUACGAGGACAUGGACAUUGAGUACAGCAACAACCGGUUCGCGUACCUCGGCAACGGGCGGACGCGGCGUGAGGUCGAGGGCCGCGAUCUGGCGUGGUACCUCGAGUCGCCAUAUGAUGUGACGCUCCCGUAUCCGGACCCGUAGUGCGUGGGGAUAGAGGAGGCAAGCGAGUGUAAACUGCAGAUGUAAUGAUGUCAGGCCGCGUGGG